AUUUAGAUAUUAAGUUACUACUACAUAUGAGUAUUUUAAAUACAUUUGGGCGUUUAAUAGGAAUGAAAACAACAGCCGAUAAUUAAAGAAGUUUUUCGUUUAGACCCUUGCUUAAAAAAUGUGUCAAAGGUCAAUAAUAAGGAAUAUAGCGUCGAUUUAGAGAAUACACGCGGUUAUACAAAAGCGGAUAUUGUUAUUAAACAAAAUAUAGAAAACUGCAAAUAAAAUUGUUAUCACGCUGAAAAAAAAUAAAACUAUUUAGCUAACGAUAACUAGCUGUUCCACUCAUCCAAACGGCAGACGGCGGUAGAGGAGCGCAGAGGAAAACGAAAACGACUAGGUCACAGUUUUAACGUCAUUUCCUGUCGACUAAAGCGUGUUGUCUGCUAACAGGAAAUAUGGCCGCAGAGGACUACCCUCACGAGAUAGAUGAACAGCUCACGUGCUUCGACUCGUCAGUGACUUCAGUUAAAACCAUCUUGGAGCAGUUGAUGUCGAUGCCCAGAAAUGACCUGCUGCAAAAGUUGGAUCCUCUGGAUCAAGCCAAGCUGGAUCUGAUGUCUGCCUACACCCUUAAUUCAUUAUUCUGGAUGUACUUGGUAACACAAGGGAUAAAUCCCAGAGAACAUGGAAUCAAACAGGAAUUGGAGCGAAUAAGGACAUAUAUGAACAAAGUGAAAGAGAUCACAGAGAAGAAAAAAGCUGCCCGUCUGGAUAAGGGAGCUGCCGCACGCUUCGUCAGGAGUGCUCUUUAUGAUCCUGAUGAUAAGGAUUCUAAAAAAAAAGCAGCAAGCACAUCUUCAGAAACUCCUCCAUCAAAGCGUUCAAAGCAGAAAUGAAAUAAAGAAGAAGCUGCAGAGUAUGUCAAAGUGCAAAAGA